CUCCGACCUAAUACACGGUUGUUUUUUUUAGAGGUCGAUAAACGACGACACAGUCGUUUUGUUUACAAUUUCGCUGUUACAAUUUUGUUCAGUCCUAUGAUUAAAAUUACAUUAAAAUUAUAAGAAAAAUAAAUUGAUGUUAGUUAUGGCGUCUUCUGUUUCAAGGAUGUUGCAUUGGCAUGCAGUAUAUAAGAUUUCAACUGUUUCUAGUCCUACUCAUGAACUUAGCAGUGAAAAUGAUGGUUAUGAAAUGGUACAAAAUAAAUUUUCUACAAACAAGAGAUUGUCAUUAUUAAUGAGUAAUAUGAAGCCUGAAGAUGAGACUUCACUUAGAUCUAUACUUCUGAAUAAGUUGAAUAAAUUUGAAACAUUAUCUACAGGAAGUGAAGUCAUUUCAGUUGAUUCUUUUUUGAAUCAGAAGCCUAGUCAAAUUUACUAUAACACAAUUUUUCACACAUUAAGUAAUGCUAUUGAUUUUCAAGUUCCAUUAAAUUGCUUUUUUUUGGUGAGUUUUAUGGUUGAAACUGAAUCUGGUUUUGAACUUUUUCAAAAAGACCUUGAUGAUUACUGCAACUCAUUAUUGCUGUCUUUAGAAAAGUAUAUGGAAUCAAUUGAUGUCAGUGAAUAUCUUACAUUAUUAGAUGAAUGGUAUGAUUCAAAGGUAUGUUUUAUCGAACGAUGCUUGCAGUAUUUUUCAAAAGAUUUGGCAUUGUUGUUAUGUGCUAGCUUUUGUAGCAUCAGUGUGACCAUUGAUCCAAAGAUACCUGAUUGUGUGAAGAAAGACAUUCAAAGAUUUCUUGAGUGUUCAAGUUUAUCUUUAUUGUUUGAUGAGAUAAAUGUACAGAAUUCAAAGUAUCUUCUUUCUUUAAACGAAUCUCAAGUUUUACAUGUUUCAUUAAAUUCCGAAGAAAACAGUUAUUCAAUAGUUCAAGGAAAUAUCACAUCAUAUACCACACCAUUUGCAUUUAACUGUAUUAGGUCACUUGAAGAAAUGAAAUUUAAUAAUCCAAUUAAAAUGAGACAAUUAAUUGAAAAUUAUAAAGUUAAGAUUAUUCAAGAUAUUAAUUCAUUUCAUCGUUUAAUCAAACAAGCGGAAAAUGAUUAUUAUGCUCUUUAUAAGGCUUAUAUCUUUAUUGCGUCAAGUGGAAAUGCUUACGUCAUAAUAAAAAAUGCAAGAUUGCAGAACUGCAUCAAUAAUGAGACAAACAUAAAACACUUAUUAAACGUGCUCGAACAGUUCAUUGAAAAGAUGGGAGGGUUUGAUGCUAUAAGUAGUUUAAAAGGAGAGCCUUUACUGUAAUAGAGAUUUUAAAUAUAUAAAAUUAAUAAAAUAAAAAAAAUAAAUCCUUUUAACCUUCUAAAA